CACAGGAUGCUGAAAACUUCAGUGUACCCAUUAGGCUGUACCCAGAGGAGCAGAAAGGAAGGCCAGGAGAGGUAGAAUUGAAGAAAAGGCCAUGCUUGGUCUGAAGACAUUUCCAUUUCUGUUCUUACUCCAUAUGCAGCUCACCAAGGCCUUUCCUGUACCUUCUGAACACUCAGAAGAGAAAAAUGCAAAAAUUGUUCAGAAUUACCUAGAAAAGUUCUACCAGCUACCAAGCAUCCAAUAUCGGUCUCCAAGGAAGAACAGCCCUAGCAUGAUUGUAGAAAAGCUCAAGGAAAUGCAGCGAUUUUUUGGGUUGAAUGUGACGGGGAAGCCAAAUGCAGAAACUCUGGAGAUGAUGGAAAAGCCUCGCUGUGGAGUGCCCGAUAGUGGUGACUAUAUGUUGACCCCUGGAAGUCCCUGGAAACACACUGACCUGACUUACAGGAUUAUAAACUACACCCCACAGUUGUCAGAGGCUGAAGUGGAAACUGCGUUUGAGAAAGCCUUUAAAGUCUGGAGCGCUGCAUCACCUCUGACCUUCACCAGGGUAUCACAGGGAGAAGCAGACAUCAAUAUUGCUUUUGCCCAGAGAGAUCAUGGUGAUAACUCUCCAUUUGAUGGACCCAAUGGAAUCCUUGCUCAUGCCUUUCAGCCAGGCCAAGGUAUUGGAGGAGAUGCUCAUUUUGAUGCAGAAGAAACAUGGACACAAACUUCUAGAAAUUACAACUUGUUUCUGGUUGCUGCACAUGAGUUCGGCCAUUCCUUGGGGCUCUCUCAUUCCUCUGACCCUGGUGCCUUGAUGUAUCCCAACUAUGCUUUCAGAGAUCCCAGCACCUACUCACUCCCUCAAGAUGACAUCAAUGGCAUUCAGGCCAUCUACGGACCUUCAAAUAACCCUAUCCAACCUACCGGAGAAACCACACCCACAGCCUGUGAUCCUCGAUUGACAUUUGACGCUGCCACCACGCUCCGUGGAGAAAUACUCUUCUUUAAAGACAAGUACUUCUGGAGACGGCAUCCUCAGCUCCGACUAGUUGAACUCAAUUUUAUUUCUCUAUUCUGGCCAUCCCUGCCAAAUGGUAUUCAGGCUGCUUAUGAGGAUUUUGAUAGAGACCUGGUUUUCCUAUUCAAAGGCAACCAAUACUGGGCUCUGAGUGGCUAUGACAUUCUGAGAGGUUAUCCCAGGAGCAUGACCAACUUUGGCUUCCCAAGCACUGUGCAAGCAAUAGACGCAGCUGUUUCUUAUAGAAGGAAGACAUACUUCUUUGUAAAUGACCAAUUCUGGAGAUAUGAUAACGAAAGACAAUCCAUGGAACCAGGUUAUCCCAAAAGCAUAUCAAGUACUUUUCCAGGAAUAGAAAGUAGAAUUGAUGCAGUUUUCCAGCAGAAUCACUUCUUCCUUUUCUUCAGCGGACCAAGAUAUUAUGCAUUUGAUCUUAUUGCUCACAGAGUUACUAGAGUUGCAAGAAGCAAUUUGUGGCUUAACUGUAGAUACAGUUGAAGCAAAAUCAAAUGUGUUCUCAUCCAAUUUCAAGAUGAAAGGAAAUCCGACUUGCAUAUCCAUCAUAUUGUGUCCUGUUUAUAUUUUCCUCAAUUCUAAGUAGUGUUUCACAUGACUGUUUUCAUUUGUCCUAGUCUCAGGGAAAAUAUGUUUGGAAUAUUACACAGCAGACCCUGAUUCAGUCAUCCACAUUCCAUCUAGUGAAUCUAUCACAAAGAGAAGGAAAGUAAGCCCUUUGUCACCUCAAUAUUCUGUUCACCUCAUGUGCUGUUUGUUUACUUGAUUAUCUGAGUUUUAAAAUUCACUGUUUCAUUACUUGCUUAUCUGACUUCAAAUAUCCCUGUUUCUUUAAACACAUCUUACAUAUAUCUGCUACAUGAAAUUUAGCCCUCAAUUUUGAUUAGAAAUAACAAUAAUCAGCAACACAGACAAUAACUUUUAUCUUUACAAAAAAUGUGGUGCUAUUUUUCACUGUUGGAAUGAAAUAAGGAUAUAAUAUAUUAUAGGUUGAUUGUCUCUUUCAAAAGAAAAUAUGUUGAAGUCUUAACAUAAAUGUGAGUUUACUAGGUUCUUUGCAGAUGUUAUUAAGUAAAGAUGAUGUCAUACUGGAUUAGGGUUGAGUCCUAAAAUCAUAUUACUUUUAUCCUUAUAAAAAGAGGAGAGGGUUUGGGAUAUAGUUCAGUGGUAGAGCACUUGCCCAGCAUGCACAAAGGCCCUGGGUUCAAUUCCCAACACUGCUAAAAAGAAAAGUUGAGAGAGAGGAGAGACAUGACCACAUAGGGGACAAGACCAUAUAAAGAAAGAGCUUAGAGAUUAGAGGGAUGCAGCUACAAGGCAAGGUAUGCCAAAGAUUACCAGCAGCCACCAGCAGCUGGGAAGAGACAAGGAAGAAGCCUCCCAAUAAGCUGCAGAAAGGGGACUCUGGCCCCGAGCUACCUGCUGGUUUGAGACAUCUAGUCUUCAGGAUUGUGAGAGAAUAAAUUUCUGUUGUUUCAAGCCACAAGUUCAUUGUACUUUGUUAUAGCAGCCCUAGAAAGCUAACGAAGUUCAUCUGAACGUAAGAAAAGGAAUCAAUAAGGAAUGUGGAAGUGAAGUCCCCACUGAGGAUUACUAGGCAUCUUCCCAGGAAGACAACCAAAAGGAGAGCUCUGCUCCCUCUCCUGCCUCCUUCCUGCACUCUCCUUCUAGAGUUCUAACAGAUGGGCCAGUGGGUCUGUUGUUUCCUAAUUCUUUACUCCUGGAUACUCAGGAGGGCACACUCUACAGCUGACUGCACCAACAGAACAGUGUUGGGUGCAACAUUUAAUAAAUCUUAUUAAAUUGAACUAAACUAAACAUCAA